CCAAGACCUAACCUCAAAUUUGUAUUUACAUUUUGUAAAGGGGAAAGGUUAUAAAUUAUUUUAUGUAGGCCUACCUAUUAUAUAAUUUUCUACUUCCCGUUCUACGCACCUUUGAGGAAUUGAGUGAUUAUUAUUCUUAACCGGGCUUCAAUCAAUUUUAAGGUCAACUGAUUUUGUACUUUUAUAUAAUAGCGUUGACUAUUAAUUGGAUACUAAUAGCCUAAGUUAGGUCUAGUAGCAAUAUAUUUUAAUUCUCAGAACUUAGGCCUAACUUACUGGUACGUCCCCCCCCCCAUAGAAACCAUUGUCUUUAUGAUUUGCAAUCGAAUUGUAAAAUAAUAUAAGGAUAUCUAGGCCUAUAUUAGUUAAACAUAUAGGCCCUAACAUUUUGCUAUCAUUAUUUGUAUUAAUUACAAGGCCUAGGCCUAUAUCUUAAAAGUUAGACCUAGGCCUAACUUAAAAAUUACAAGUGUUUGAAACAUCUACAAAUUUAAAUAAUGAACCUGAAAGGAAUUCUUCGAUAUGGAAGCGUUGGUUGUGCGGGAUAUUUGUUAGGACUCUACAUUGAGAGGAAUAGUUUAAUAUCCAACGAUGGCAUGAAAAAGUACCCUGGACUACCACUUUAUGGAUCAGUAUCUGCGGCCACUCCUAUAAAUCCAGAUUCCAAAUCUUUACCUGUAUCUGUGGAGGAAAAAUCAUCAUCUUUGAAAAGCAGAGUGGGGGAAAUAAUGAAGUAUGGUUUUCCCAGUUUGGAUAAUGUACGCUCUUUGGACGAUUAUGUAUUAGCUUAUGAUAGACGUAACAGAGUUGCUGCAUGGGUCUUUGAACAUUUAACAGCUGAAUCAGUAAAGAAAAAUGAUCAAGUGGAUCGUUCCAAGUGUGAGUUCACAGAAGAUAAAUCAAUACAUGAAUAUUUCAGAUCGAGAAACUCAGAUUACAAAGGCAGUGGGUUUGACAGAGGCCAUCUCGCUGCGGCUGGUAAUCACCGUGUAUGUCAGAGACAUGUGGACCAAACCUUCCUACUGUCCAAUAUGGCUCCUCAGGUAGGGGUCGGCUUCAACAGGGACUCUUGGAACAAAUUGGAACAGCAUGUGAGGAGACUUACAAGAAUAUACCCCAAUGUUUAUGUGUGCACUGGACCACUCUACUUACCAAAAACUGAAUCAGAUGGUAAACUGUACAUCAGAUACCAAGUAAUAGGCACUUCUCAUGUAGCUGUUCCUACCCAUUUCUUCAAAAUUGUUGUAAUGGAGCUACAUGACAAAAAAUUGCACAUGGAGGCCUACGUUAUGCCUAAUCAAAAAAUAGCUGACAACACUCCCUUGAAUGUUUUCAUGGUACCCCCAGAAAGCAUUGAGCGAGCCUCAGGAUUACUUUUCUUCGACAGAAUGUCAAGGAGCAAUUUGGUCCAGAUAAAUGGAAUGAAAACCACUUAUGUUUAGUACUCAUAGUACAGCAUUUUAAGUAAAGAUUUAAAUCAGGGUAAUUUACUUAUUAAAUCUUGAACAACAAAAUUGUUGUGUAAAUUUUAUGAGGAAGUAAAUAGUCAGUGACUUAUAAAAUUAUUUUCUAAAAAUACUUUUACUACAAACGGUUUAAGAAGUUGAAUCACUAUGAUUAAAUGCAUUAUUUAUUGAAAAAUAAUUCUAUUAUCUAUGUUAGAAAUAUUGCAAAUGCUCCCAGUAAUGUUAAAUACUGAAUUCAGAUACUAGCUUUCAUAAUAAAAUGAAAAGAUUUAGUCCCUAUCAGACUACUCUGUUAAUUAUUUAAUAUUGACAUUUUUUGAAACCAUAUUUCGGUUUAAUCUGGAUUAGCUGGAAUAUAUUUUUAUCUUAACUGACAUUGUUUUCUCAUUUUCAAUCUAGUCAAUUUGUUAUGUAGGUUUAAGUGUAAAUAAACCAAGUAGUACUGUUACAA